AUGGCAUUGGUAGACGAAACCUCUAACCGCGGAAAACCAGUGCUUGACAAAUGGUCAGAGAUUGAGGCACGGUUGUCUCGCAUAGUCGUUGACCAUGUCAUGGCGAACCCGGAGGGCCAAACACCAGGUUUCGACUCGGUGGAGGUAGUCCGCGGUUACCGAGUCAUUAAAUGCGAUGACCAAUUCUCACUGCAUUUCUUGACAAACGUGAUUGGUAAAAUCCAGAACAGCUGGGAAGGCUUGAAACUCAAGCUAAUUCCGGCUAGCGAGAUUCCACGAAGGCCGAGGGCUCGCAUCUGGGUACCAAACAUGGAGUUUGAUGCCAAUCAACUAAUCCCCUACCUUCAGGCGCAUAAUCGCUCGGUGCCGAUGACCGAUUGGUCGAUCAUCAAAGCGGAGGCUCCGCAAAGACACAGUAGGUCAUUCCUCCUUCUAAUUACAGAAGAGAGUCUGGAACCACUGGAGAAAGUGGGAAACAAACUUCAGUUUGGGAUCAGGAAGACCCAGCUGAAGAUAUUCCGUCCUGUAAACCCGGAAGAGGAGCAGGAUGAGGUCGAUGGUGCCAACGAACUGCUGACUGGCAUGCAGCUAGAUGACACCGAGUCCGAAAAAGGAAACCAAUAA